UGCGGCCUAUAUAAAGCGUACGUUUGAGACGUUUGUCAAACUCAUCCUUGUUUCGGUAAACAACAGUCACCAGUCUACAAGAGGCAGAAAGAAAAGAUAAACCAACUGGCCAACAUGCUGCGACUAUUGCUACUAGUAACAGUAGCUAUUUCUUAUGUGAACAGCUACAACAACGAAUGUACAUAUAAUGGAAAAAAGUAUACAGGAGUAUUUAAGAUCGACUGCAACACGUGUGUAUGUGACACAAAUAACAAAGCAAUUUGUUCAAAUUUACGUUGUGGUUAUGGGAAGGGGCCUUCAUGUACAUAUCAAGGCAGACGUUACAGAGUAGGACAGACAUUCCAGCAGUCUUGUAAUACAUGUAAAUGCAACUAUGAUGGCCAGAUAAAAUGUGACAACAAAGACUGUCCUAAACGAUGUACUUAUAAAGAAAAGCUGUACCAAGAAGGUGAAGAAUUCACUGACAACUGUGAUAAAUGUAAGUCAUUGCACUUGUCAAACUACAGGAAUAGUGCAGUGUAA